AUGACUGGGCUGCCUCUCCUGCUGUUGCUCUUCUGGCUCCUGCCUCCAAUUGUUGCUAAGAGGAUGCAAACUGUAUGUGUGUUGAAAAACCCUUUCCAGAAGCAGGAUGACUGGAAUUAUUACAGGCCUGGGGAUCUGAUUAUUGGGGGGAAUUUACCCCUGGCAGCUUUCAUGUUCUCCAAAGGCCCAGAUUUUCAAAAUGACCCAUUCCUCCUUACUGAUCAAUUCUUACUCACACCCAAGAACUUCCAGAAGUUCCUGGCCUUGAUGUUUGCAGUGAAAGAAGUCAACAAGGAUCUGGAUCUCCUCCCCAACAUCACCCUUGGCUUCCACAUCUAUGAAAAUCACCAGACGGAGAGGAAUUGUUCUUUAUUCAGCCUCUCCCUGCUCUCCACACGAGGUCAAAUGGUUCCAGGUUAUAAAUGUGACCGGGAGGACCCUCUGCUCUCAGUCAUUGGUGGUGACAACUCCAAAUCCUCAAGGCUGAUGGCCUCCAUCUUCAGCAUCUUCAAGGUCCCACAACUUCUUCCCUAUUUGAGGAAGGUCCAGUUCAACAACAAUGCUGGAGAUGAGACCUCCUUCUCAGAAAACGGACUGGGAUCUGCACGUUAUGAUCUUCUCAAUUGGGUUCUCCUCCCCAAUUUAUCUUUUAUCCCUGUGAAAGUCGGACAGAUAGAUCCUGGGGCUCCCCCCGGCCAAGAUUUCGCCAUCAACUCUGAUGCAAUUGUCUGGGCAAGAAAGAAGGUGCCCUUUGCCAGGUGUGGCAUGAAGAGGUGCCAGGCAGGAGAGAGGAGAAGAGUUCCAGAGGGUGAGCAGGUUUGCUGCUACCAAUGUUCCCCUUGUCCAGAAGGGACCAUUUCUAAUCACACAGAUGCAGCUUCCUGUGAUCCCUGCCCAGAAGACCAUUACUCCAACAAGGACAAGGAGCACUGCAUUGCCAAGAAGCUCCACUUCCUUGCCUAUCAAGACCCCCUGGGAUACCCUUUAGUUUCUCUCACUCUUUCUCUCUCUGUGAUCACAGUAGCAGUUCUGGCAAUUUUCCUUAAACAUCGUGACACACCGAUUGUCAAGGCCAACAACCGAGAUCUCACCUACCUCCUCCUGAUAUCCCUCCUGCUCUGCUUCCUCUGCUCCUUCCUCUUCAUUGGUCAACCUGGGAAGCUCACCUGUCUCUUCCGACAAGCUGCCUUUGCCAUUCUCUUUUCCCUGGCGGUUUCCUCUGUGUUGGCAAAAACUGUCAUGGUGGUUCUGGCCUUCAUGGCCACCAAGCCAGGGAACAAGACAAGGAAACUCUUAGGAAAACCACUCACCAACUCCAUUGUCAUAGCCUGUCCCCUGGUCCAAGCCCUUCUUUGUGCCACCUGGCUGGGAACCUCUCCUCCGUUUCCUAGCUGGGACUUUCACUCCUUGUUUGGAGAGACCAUCUUGGAAUGCAAGGAAGGCUCAGAUUUAAUGUUUUACGUUGUCCUUGCCUACCUAGGUUUUUUGGCCUUCAUCAGUUUCACAGUGGCCUUUCUGGCUAGGAAAUUGCCUGACAGCUUUAACGAAGCCAAGUUCAUUACUUUCAGCAUGCUGGUCUUUUGCAGUGUUUGGAUCACUUUCCUCCCCACCUACCUGAGCACCAAAGGGAAGUCCAUGGUGGCUGUGGAGAUCUUCUCCAUUUUGGCCUCUGGAACUGCUCUCUUGGCUUGUAUCUUUUUCCCCAAAUGUUACAUUAUCCUACUGAGGCCCAAUCUGAAUUGCAGAGAGAAUAUCAUAAGGCACAAGAACCUCUGA